AUGACUUUUCCUGCUGUUCUUUCAGAUGUCCUGAUUAACUUCCUAAAGGAGGUGGCCGCGGCUGCCCCUGCACUGCCGUUUUACUACUAUCACAUUCCUGCCUUGACAGGGGUAAAGAUUCGUGCUGAGGAGUUGUUGGAUGGAAUUCAGGAUAAGAUCCCCACCUUCCAAGGGCUGAAAUUCAGUGACACAGAUCUCUUAGACUUCAGGCAAUGUGUUGAUCAGAAUCGCCAGCAACAGUUUGCUUUCCUUUUUGGGGUGGAUGAGCAACUGUUGAGUGCUCUGGUGAUGGGAGCGACUGGAGCAGUGGGCAGAAAGGGAGAUCCCGCCCUCCUUGGCGCCGCGAUCAGAGCCAUUUCGCCGCCGCCGCCGCUGCAGCCUUUGACUCCGUGCGUGUGGCUUUGCGUUCGCUGUGUGUCCGUCGCUAAGGCCGAAGCCACGGACGGUCCUAAGAGGGCUGUGCUCUCGGGUACCAGGAAGCAGACGCCGGAUGUAAUCCCUGAUUAUGAUUAA